GUUCAUCGCCGUUCUAUUUGCGGUCUUUCAUCGAAGACAACGUUCUAAUCUUAGAUUCGUAGGUUAUGUCCUCAUGUGCGCACGGGUUUCAUAUUGUUAGUGAGAUCUACGUGUUUAGCAAUUGUUUACUCGAAAACGUGGAAUUAUUGGACCAUCCUCCAUAUAGUCCCGAUCUUUGUCCUAACGAUUUCUUUACUUUCCCGAAAAUUAAAAACAGACUGCGUGGUCAAAGGUUCCAGAAACCAAACAAGCUUGUUGGCGACAUGAGAUAGUAUAGGUAAUAACUGGGAGUGAGCUAGAAGGUUUGAGAAGAGGAAAA